AUGCUGGAUGUCCCGCCUCCGUUCUUCGAUUACACAACUUCGGAAAACAUCGAGGAGAUCACCAGACAACAACUCGCCAUUAUUGCAGACCUUGGAGGUGGCGCCACAGACAUCUCCUGCCAUACCUUUCGCUUCGUCGCCGAUGACAAACACCAUUGCCUUCCGAGGCUGACAGAAACGAUCCUUGGCAUUGAGACUUCUGGAGGUUCACAGAAGCUCACUGAAAGAUUCAAGCAAGAAUUGAAUCAACAACGCGGUGUGUCGGAGUUGUGUGACGGCUUGCAAGGAAGUGAAAAUGAUGUUUUGGAGGCAUUUGUAAAGGGUUUUGAUGCAGCAAAGCAGCUCUAUGAUUACGAGCAUCACGAAUCCAGCUUUCGUCCUCACUUCAACAAGGCUUAUUGUCGGAGGCAUCGUGGGGACGUCGAUUUGUCGACAAGCGACGACAGGAUCACUAUUAGCGGAAGCAUGAUGCAGCGAAUGUUCGACCCGUGGCUCGCCGACGUCGUCGGAAUGUUGGAGAAAUGUGUCGACAGAGUCAAGAGACAAGUGGAGCCAGACAGCACCCAUCGUGAUCGGCCUGACUGGUCAUGGACUGCCACCAUACAUUGCGAAGAAGCUCAAGGACCAUUUCUAGAAGAAAAAGCCGAAUGCAUGUGA